CAGUUCUAUUCUCAACACUCGGGUCUCUCGGCCAUGUGCUAUUAAAAGCCCAUGAUCAUCCGGACGAGUUUCCCUGGCUGCGUCCGAAUGAACGGAGACGACAGGCUUCAAUCUGCUUAAACAACAGACAUUUCCACUGAAGUCUGGCUUAACUCUUUACACACACUAAGAUGGGUGUCCCGUCUGUAAUGGUGCUGCCCCUGCUGAUCGUGGUUUUCGCUGGGGUUUACUACGUUUACAAUGAGGUCAUGCGCUUCAUGUCCAAGUCCAUGGUGCGGAACAAGGUGGUGGUGAUCACAGACGCCGUGUCCGGAAUGGGAAGUGAGUGUGCCAGACUGUUUCAUGACGGCGGGGCGAGGCUGGUUCUGUGCGGGCCCAGCUGGGACAAGCUUGAAUCUCUGUACGAUUCUCUGUGCAGUGGAUCGGACCCCAGUAAAACUUUCACACCCAAGCUGGUGCUGCUGGACUUCAGUGAUAUGGAGAACCUCUCGGACGCGGUCACAGAGAUUGUCGAGUGCUACGGCUGUGUGGAUGUGCUGGUUUGCAACAGCAGCAUGAAGGUCAAAGCGCCGGUGCAGAAUCUUUCCCUGGAGAUGGACAAAACAGUCAUGGAUGUCAACUACUUCGGGCCCAUCACGCUGGCCAAAGGUGUCCUGCCAUUAAUGAUCACUAGACGGACAGGUCAAUUUGUGUUGGUCAACAGCAUCCAAGGGAAACUGGCUCUUCCAUUCCGAACCUGCUAUGCUGCCUCCAAACAUGCGGUGCAGGCCUUCUUUGACUGUCUGAGAGCGGAGGUGGAGGAGUAUGGGAUCUCCGUCAGCACCAUCAGCCACACCUUCAUUAAUGCGGUUGCACAAGACGCCACGCCCUCCAAAGCCCCGCCCACCAACCCCCUCUGGGCCUACAUCUCCAGCAUGCUGAACACUCACGGCGUGAGUCCCGACAGUCUGGCCCAUGAGAUCGUGAGAACGGUGAACAGGCAGAACCGAGAGGUGCUGCUCGCCCACCCCGUCCCGUGGAUUGCCCUCUACAUCCGCGCGCUGCUGCCCAGCUGCUUCUUCGCCGUGGUGGCCGCUGGAGUGAAGGACGGAGCCAUGACCGAGCAGCUGAAAUAGACAGAGAAGUCAAUGAAAGAGUGUCCUCGACAGGGAGGAUCUUCUCAUGUUAAAAUAAAUAAAGCAAGGCACUACAGGUGAAUAGGGUAAAGAUUUAAAUAAUAGAUCUCACCAAAUACUUCCACAGGUGAUUAAACACAGACAAGUGUUCUGUAUCACAAGUUUCUGUAAAUGAUAUGUUUAAAUAUGCAAAUAGGGUAGUAUCUAAUUAUAUAUGCACUCAUUUGCAUUCAUUUCCAGAACAGAAAUCUGAACACUGGAAAAAAGCUUUUUUGAUUUUGUCAACAUAUGUUUUUCUCUUUUUAUCACUGUCAAAACACGUCAAAAACUGCAUUUUCACCAUGUUUCAGGAGUAAAAUGUUAAAUAAAUCAGGCAAAAGAUGUAUGAACAAACCUUCAGAAUAUAGAUAUGAAUAAAACUGUAAAGUUUGUGUGAAGCUGCUGAAGUGGAGAUUUUUGAUUCCUUUAAAGAUUGAAAUCUACAGACGGAAAGAGAUAAAGUGCAAGAAAAGAAACGUGCACUUAAAUGUGCAUUUUGGAUGUUUAAUUUCCACUCCUCUGAAAGAAGAUGUAACGGAAGACCUCAAAACUGUUUUGAUUAUAGUGUCUCGCCUUAAAAAGCUUUUAUUUUUGGUUUAUUUUUUUUUAAGUUCUGUUUCGGAAUGAGAUUAUUUUUUAAUCUGGGCAUUUAAUGCAACAUUCUUCCCUUAAAAUGAUCUUUAAUCAAAAUACAGAUUUAAACAAUAAAGCUUGUGCUGUGACUCCUUUGAA